CAGGAUGCAUCAGUGACACGUCGCCAUGUUUGUUUUGAUUUUUUAAACUUUUCUAAAUUUUCUACAAAUGAUUGAAUAUAUCAUUUUAUGGAGUAGGUGAGAGUAUGAUAACUUGACAAGAUGUUACACAGACGUAAUGGAUCCAUGGGAAACACAAUCCUUUUUAUUUGCAUCGGAGGAUUCUUCAUAUUUGGCAUUUACAGCUACCACAAUGUUCAUACUCGAUUGAAGGAAACAGAAAUGCGUGCCGAGAAAAAUAAGCAGCAACACGAUUCAAUAUCUGCUCAAUUACAAGUUGUUUAUGAGAACAAGGCCCGCCUUGAGAAGUCUAUCACUCAAGAAAAAGCUGACCACAAAAGAACUAGAGAAGAUCUUAACGCUAAUAUAGAAGAAAUCAAACGCAAGUAUGAAAGAGAUAGACAAGAGAUGAACAACAGGUAUGAGUCACUACAGCAGGAAAAUAAACUUCUUAAGGGCCAGCAUGAAGACCUGCAGCUUGACUACAACAAGCUACAAGACAGUCAUACUAAACUUAGGGAAGACCAUCAGAAUAUCCAGGAGAAGCAACAUCUAGAAUACCAAACUCUUAAACAGGAGAAAGAAAUAGAAAUAUCAGGCCUGAAAGACCAGCUUGCAGAUCUGCAACGAAGGUAUUCAGGUGUCCAGUCCAAGUUAAAUGAACAGAGUUUGCUCAACCAGAACAACCAGCACCAGGCUCAGGCUGCAGAAGGAAAGAUAAACGAGCUUACAAACACAGUUCGUCAGCUACAGGCUCAGAUCCAAGGCUUCAAGAGUCAACAGCAGCAACAGCUGCUCCAACAACAGCAGGGCAACCAACAGCUAGUAAAUCAACAGCAGCAACAAGUGAACCAACAUGUAGAUCAACAGCAACAACAAGUUAAUCAGCAACAGCAAGUUAAUCAACAACAACAAGUUAAUCAACAACAACAAAAUAAUCAACAACAGCAAGUAAACCAACAACAGCCAAUUAUUCAUCAACAACAGCAGCAGCAGCAACCUGUUAUUAACCAACAAGUAAUGAGGGGAGAACAACAGCAAAAACAAGUGAUAGGUAAAAAUACUCAACUUAAUCAAGAACAAUUGAAAAAAGAACAAAAUUUUAAUCAAUUAGGUUUGCAGCAGCAGGAUUUACAGCAGCAACAACAGAAAAUUUUACAAAAACUACAAGAACAAAACAUAGUAAAUAAUCAACUAGAAGAAGAUGAUUUAGAACAACAAUACAUAGAUAAACAAAAACAACGUCAAAAAUUAGAUUUAGAUCAACAAGCAGAUCAAGUGUUGCAAGAGCAUGGUGGUGGUAAUAGAGGUGCCAGGAGUGCUGAAAGGCUUUUAGACAACAACAUUCUUCAACAACAACAGCAAGAACAUGGGGAGGAAGUCCAACAGAUGCAACAGCAGCCUCCCAAUGACAAACAACAAGAACAACAAGAGUUAAUUAAAGAACAACAACAAGAACUUUUGCAGCAAAAACAAGUAGUAGGAGGAGAAGCAUUAGCCGAAAGAGUUGACCCUCAACAGGUCCAACAGAACCAAGUUAUUCCUCCUGACUUUAAGGAAGAUAAAAAAGAAAAACAAGGUAGGCAGUUAGAGGUAAAGAAGUCUACAAGUAGAGAGUUGCUACAAGAGAAUGGUGGUGGUCAUGGGAAUGGUCUCCUUCGACAACACAGGGCCUCUAAUCUUGAAUCACAGGAUGGUGUUGGUAUACCACAAGCCAAAGCACCUAACUUAGAUUUACAUGGUGGAGGAGAAGGGUAUGAUAAGAAUGAGGGACCAAAACUAGCACAUAUUAAUGAAGUUCUUGAUCCUGCAGGAAAUCCCCCAGAUGUAAAGGACAAUGACAAAGUAAUGGAUCAAGCUGAGUCUGUGCAGAAAGAUGAUGCUUUAAAUCAAAUAGAUAGACCAGUAAAUGAAAAUGAACAAGAAAAUGUUAAAGGUGAUGAUGAUACUAAAAAGGCUGCUGUGGAUGUUGCUCAGCAACCAGUUAUAGAAGUACCACAUAAUAAACUAGCUGAUGUUAAAAAUAAUGAAGAUCGUGAUAACGGUGAUGAAAAACCAAACAUGAUGGAAGCAAUAAGACAUAGGAAUGACAUAAAAUAG